AUGAGAAGUAGUAAUGGAUAUUCCAGAACAGUAUCGGCCUUAAACAGCUUAUUGAACUCCUUAAACGAGAGGGAUAAGAUAGCUGCUGUUCUUUUUACCAAGAAGGCAAUUAUUUAUCCAGGAAAUGAAAAAACAGGCUUCCUGUUCGCAACUGACGCAACAAAAUCAAGUCUACUUGAUUGGAUUUUGUCGCUCUUUGUUCAAACCUCUUCCACAACCAAUUCCGGAUCCUAUCAUACAGCUGCCUUUGAGACAUCAUUUGCGUUCCUUAAGCAAUACUCAAGCUCAUUGAUUAAUUGUGAUACCUCACUUGUUGUGUUUGGAGAUGCUGACAAUAUCAAGGACGAAUCAAAUCCAGUCAACAGCUUACUUACUCAAUAUCAGUCACUAUCGAAUUAUUUGGGUACUAGUUUUGUAAAGAAAGUUAGAGUAUUUUCGUUCUCAGUUGGCAUUCAAAAAGGGCAAGCUAACCCAUUGAAAUCCUAUCCAUGUCUAACAGGUGGGCUGUGGAUACCACUGGAUCCCUCUGACGCUUCCACAGAGCAAAGUUCUGAUGUAAGAGGAUUAAUGAGUCCAUUUUUUAGUUUUCAUUCCUACAGAAGACUUGGAAAGAAUGAUAUUAUUUGGUCUAAUUUCUAUUCCGACUUGUUGGGAAUUGGUAAUAUGACUACAGCAUCCCUUCCUUGCUAUUCUUCUGGUGGCAUGUUUUUGGGUGUUGUUGGUGUGGAUGUUCCAGCUACCUUAUUCAACACAACCACAUACCCUGAUGCACAUUCAGAAUUCUCUAGGAGAAAAGUGUUAUCAGAUGGUGUUGGCUACUGUCCAGAUGUAGAUAUUCAAGACUCAUUCGUUGAUGACCUUAGAGGAGGAGCUUGCAAUUAUUGCAACCAACCUUGUGGUAAUCUUGCUGUAAUGUUGGGGUUCAUACCUGCUGUAUUGGUUGCCUUUGUUGUUUUCGUGAUUGUUUCGUUCUACUUUUACAAGAGGUCACUUAUGAAGGCGGAAGGGGAUGACGAAAAAGAAGAAAAAGCCCUUGUAAAAUAA